ACCGUGUACACCCCAGUACAGUAUAGUAAUAAACCAUCAAAUACACGCUGACAUUUCAAACACUUGUGAGGAGAAGGAACGCGUUAUCGGCUGUGUUUGGCACUCUGAAAAUGGCUUGUGUGACUUUGAAACGACCCAUAGAUGUGCUCGGAAGUCCCCAUGCCGUGGAACACGAGCCCGUGUCUAAGAGAAAACGUUGUGGGCCUAGUUUCUUCCCGACAACUCCACCUGGAUCCAGCCAUCGCGGCGAUGGUUACAGAGGGUUCUCACACUAUGGGAGCCCCAUGUCCAGUAGGGUAGUCAAGAGAGUCAAGAGGAAACUUGAGGUGGAUGAAGAAAGUGGACCGUCGACAACCGGCACAGUCUCGCCCUUCAUUCAUGCCACCCCACCCUUGCCCACUGGAAAACUAGUGGCACAGUUGGAACAAGAGCUGAAGAGAUUGCAACGUCGUAAGACCAUGGACUCUUCGACAGUCGGUGUGGCCUCAACUGGAUCCAGAGAACAGCCCCUCUUUACACUCAGACAGGUAACCACUGUGUGUCAGAGGAUGCUCAAGGAGAGAGAGGAGCAGGUCAGAGUCGAGUAUGACAGAGUACUAGUCACCAAACUCUCUGAGCAAUACGAUGCUUUUGUCAAGUUCAGUCAUGACCAGGUUGAGAGACGGCUUGCUGAAUCAACUUGUAGCUAUGUUUCAUGAUCCAAUCGACAGAGCCUUUAUUUGCACACUGUGUAUGCUCCUGCCUACCCAGUCGUGGCUGCACAUCUCAUAAUCUAUAUUCACACAAACUCUUGGGAACUUGUUACAAUAUAACAUGUACUCUUGAAUCUUAUUGUAUUGUUCUAUUGUGUCCAUUUUAUGUAUUAUGUUAUUAUGUGAAGUAUUAACAAAGACUUUUUCUGCGC